AUAAUUGCGGGCAAAAGUCAGCAGGAUAAAGAUUGAGACAGACUAUAACAACUAUCAAAAAAUAUGAUUUCGUGAACAUUUACUUGACGUUUACGGUACGUCCAUGGUUUCUGCCCCCGCUUCUUAAUAUUUGAUGUUGCGUUUUUUACACAUCUCGGCGAGAAGUCGGUUUAAAAGGCCGGAGGAAAUCAUCGACGGACUUAUUUUCCAACAUGUCCGAGAGGAAAGGGCUGUUCCGUUUUGCGAGACUGAGCAUGAUUGCAGCCUGCAUGUGGAAUCUGGAUUUACCGGCAUUUUCCAAAUUUACUAAGUUAAUGUAUCAAACGUAUUCCGUUGUUCUACCAGCAUUAGUGUUUCUGGUACCCGUCUUGAUGAUUGCCAAUUUUCCUAGUCUGUUGCUAACGGAUCCAAAUUCUGCCAUCGAAGUAACACCUAAGAUGCUCUACUGCGCGGUUUUAGUUAUUAAAACGUUUUCCUACCAGUCCAGCAGAUGUAGGUACUUACUAACCGCAGCAAUGGAAGAAGAAUCGCGCUUAUAUUUCAUAAACGACGACGAGGUCGUUAGAAUUUACGAAGAACACAUCAGAUACUGCCGCAUAUUCUUUAAAUUUUUUUGCAUUUCCACGAUGCUGCCAGUCUCGACCGAGUGUGAAAUCGCGAUUAUCAAAAGCUAUAAGUUUUCCCAAAAUCUUGAUGCGGUGGGAGACAAACCCAUGCCGCUCGUGUCCUGGUAUCCUUUCGACAAGAACAGGCACCACAUUUGGGUCAUGGCCCAUCAGUUCAUAUCUAUUAUAGUCACCGGUUGUUACGUCUUGUCGGUUUACGUUUAUUACACUUCGAUAAUGAUUUACGUGCGGAGUCGAUUACUAAUACUGCAGCACUAUUUCAGAAACUACGACCAGUACCAACUAGAUGGUGAGUCGACGACGUUGGAAACGCUGAAAGUGUUGUGUGCAAAACACCAAGACCUAAUUAAUUAUAUAAAUGACGUCAAUCGAUCAGUUAAAAUGACGGUGUUUUUGGAAUAUAGUGUCAUUUCCAUAUUACUCGCUACUAUAUUGUACCAACUCGUGGAAGGUCAGGACAUGUCGUUCAACCUGAUCUUCGCGUUUGUCGUAAGCGCCCAGUUGAUGUUUCUGGCUUGGACGACCGAUGAAAUCACGACGGAGAGUGUCAAUUUGGCAACUGCCCUUUACGAAAGCAAAUGGUACGAACAAUCGCAAGCCUGCAAAAUAUUGAUCGCGAUCAUGAUGAUGGGAUGUCGUAAACCGCUCAGUAUUAGCAUUGGACCGUUUGGACCCAUGACUAUGGUGUCGGCCAUGUCGCGGCUUAAAAUUGCUUAUUCCUACAUGUCGGUGAUGACCUCCUGAUGGGACUAAAAUAGCAACAAUAGUACAUCGUUGCCAUGCCGGAAAAUUGGCCGACGAAAAAUUUGAAGUGGAAACUUCCUAAGGCAUCACUUAUUAAGCUCGCCUUGUUGAAUUUUUUCUGUUUAUCAUGUCGUAUUGUUUAUGUUUACACUGCAUCUUAAUAAAUUGUUUUUUGUAAAUUGGUAGGUGAGAAUUAUUUCCUUAAUGUUUAUAAUAGUUAGCCAUCAAUUAUAUCAAAGCUGGCUUAGUUAACUAUGUACUAAUGCAAAAUUGCAAAACAAA